AUGGCCAUUGCCUGCCUCGAAAUGCAGGAGGAGCAUCUCGAGAUGCAGCGGCACGAGGUGGAGCAGUACAAGGAGGCGAAAGCGUACAUUGAGAAGAAGAACCGGGAAGAAGCAAAGAGGAUGCGCCAAGCGCAUGCAGACGCUGUGAGAGAGGCGCGCAGGGCACACGAUGAGGCCUGCGAGGCCGCCAGACUUGCGCACACAGCUGAGGUGGAGAAGGCGAAACUACACAACGCCAGUGUGUGGCACGAAGUGCAAGUUGCAAAGGCUGCCAAGGAAGAGUUGGCACGCGUAUCCGCCUUCAUGGACCACAUCAGCAUGUGCGGCCGCAAGCUGCAACUCGGCAUCAACUACCACCCGGGUGUGCCAAAUUUGCACAGGGUAGUGGAAAUGCAGGCGCUCACUGAGGCCCUCCGCAAGGCAUUCCCUGAGCUCAAGCCACACGAAUACCCCUGGCCUGGCAACGCGGAAUUGCCAUGCACGGGUCAGGAGCAGGGGCCAUGUGCAGACAAGGCCUCCGGCCUUGACAGAGAUCCAGCGCGGCACCCAAAUGACACAGCAGGGGAAGGGGUGGACUCAGACACCCAGCAGAAAGGAAAGCCCCUUGGCAGGCGGCAACGGCCAAAAUCUGCGCACGCGAGGCUCCUCGGCAACGGCGAGUGGCGGCACCCAGGGUGA